CAAGCGACGUCACAUCCAGUGACAAAUAUUACGUGCGGCGGCUUGCUCUGAAAACGAAAGAUAACCUGCGAUUCUAACAGAAAAGAGAAAUAAAAACCACUGAAACAUAUUUCAGCAUUUUUUUUUUCACUCCCACAAAGUUUUUUACAUUUGCUUAAAGGGUUGUUUUCCUCGCAUUUGAGAAGAGGCACCUUUUUCGCUUCAGAGCUGUAAGCUAACAGCGAGAGACAGCAGCGCAAUAAAAGCUGCAGAUCGCUGUGAGCUGAGGACCAAGCCAUGAUGGACAGGCGGACUUUGUCCAAAAUAGAUGAGGGCCUAGACUCUUCUGAAGUGGCAGAACUUUGCUUCUUAUGUCGUGAUUUCGUCUCCAAGAGACGUCUGGAGAACAUUAAGGAUGGGAAAGACUUGUUCUUGAGAUUAGAGGAAAAAGGUCUUCUGCAAAAUGAUGCCUUCCUCAGGCAGCUGCUCGACACCAUCCAUCGAGCAGAUCUCCUCAGGGACCUGGAGACAGACAGCAGACCACCAGAGGAAACAGAUGCUAGUCCUGUCCUGUCAGACUACAGGAAGACUUUGUAUUCUAUAUACAAUGGCUUCACUAAGGAGAACGUUGAAAGGCUGAAGUUUCUACUGACUGACAGGUUGGGCAGGAGACAAAUAGAAUUGUCCAAGACACCGCUGGAUGUGUUUGCAGAAAUGGAAAAGGCUAAUUUACUAUCAGAGACAGAUGUUGACUUGCUACAUGAAGCACUCCAAGAGUUGGAUCAAGAACUGGCAAUUAUUUUAGAGAACUACACACAAAGGGUCCGUCAGCCGCGGCAGCAGUUCACGUUACCUCCUGAUGUCAGCGUGGAUAUAGAGAGGACCCAUGAGCCCCUGUCCAUAACUGAAACUCAGCCCAACUAUCGAAGAGAGAGUAUUAACACUGAUGCACAACUAAUCACAAAUCCCACCUCUCUUCCUGAUCAGUCAGAAUACUACACACUGACUCGUAUCCCCCGUGGUUUGUGCGUGGUCUUCAACAAUGAAAUCUUCACAGGAGGUCUGAAUAAUCGAAGAGGUACUCAGAAGGAUGCAGAUACUCUGACAGAAGUGUUCACUGACUUAGGUUUUAAAGUGAAGAUACACAACAACUUUACUGCAGAUCAGAUGAAGAAGGAAUUAGAUCAUCUUCGCAGGAAUGAUUUUACAAAUCAUGAUGCCUUGGUGGUAUGUGUGCUUUCACAUGGAGAAAAGGGGUGUGUGUUUGGCACUGAUGGGAAAAAGGUGCUCCUGAAAGAGCUGACGGACCCCUUUACAAGUAGACAAGCCCCAGCCUUGACAGGGAAGCCCAAACUAUUCUUCAUUCAAGCCUGUCAAGGUGAUGAAUACCAGAGAGGAUACUAUCCCAGCAGCUUGGGGCCGGGAGAGAACGAGAACCAAAACAAAGAAACAUGGCAAGCUGACGACUCAAUCCCUGACGAGGCAGUGCCUGAGCUAGCAGACUUUCUGAUGGGCAUGGCCACUGUGGAGGAGUUCAGGUCAUUUCGAAACACACUCACAGGAUCUAUCUACAUCCAGGAGCUGUGCAGGCAGCUGAAAAUAGCAGCGGAAAGCCAGGAGAUGGACGAUAUUCUCACUGUCCUGACACGUGUGAACAGGGAGGUCAGCAAAGGAGAGUUUUUAUCCCACAAACAAAUGCCGCAGCCCAAAUACACUCUCACCAAGAAGCUCGUCCUCAAAUUUGUAUGACCCGACUGUGACCUAAUACAACACUGCAAGUCUACACAAUUCCCGGAUUCACAUUACAGUUCACACUGUGUGUGGUUUUUGUGUUGAUAAAUGUGAUUUUUAUAAUUAUGAACUGAAGAAAAAUUAUCAAUAGUGGCAAAUAAAAUGGUACAGUGGUCAUUCUA